UCCCCUGCAGAGCCAUUUUACACGUGUGUGGACAGAAGUCCACCAGCCAUAUUGAAAAGCUCAGUCAACUGAUCAUCAAAAGCUGCGAAACAAACCACUACAAAUCUGUAGCAAUCCCUGCAAUCUGUGCUGGAACCGGCGGGCUGCAGCCUGGACUCGUGGCAGGAGCAAUCCUGCGAGGGAUCAAGAACGCCACGACUUCCACCAACCUUCACACCCUGCGCGAUAUCCGCAUCAUCCUGUACAAGAUGGAUGUGUUCCUGGCAUUUCAGGAGGAAGCCAUGCAGAUGUUUUCCUCUGCUGCGUACUGUACAGGUGCCCUGCCUGAAGCACAGCAACAACAGCCUCGGCUGUCAGCGAGCGCAGACCUCAGCAUCCUCAGCAACAGUCCUGCAAGUCAGUCUGCCUUUCUGUUCCUGGGUCUCAGCAGGAAGAGCGUUGAGGACGCCAUGGCGAAGCUGAAAGAUCUGUAUCAGAACCAGUGCUCCACUCACACCUUCAGAAAGAGGAGCUGGACAGUCUCGUGCAGGACGACGUGACAGAGCUGAUGCAGCUGAUCAACACUCAGGGACUGUACAUAAAACGUGACCAGUCAGGUAACUUAUCUGUGAGCGGCCUAAAAGAUGGCGUCACCCAGGCGGUGAUUACAUUCAAUGCAAUUCUCCACGGUAACCUCAGGAGAGAGGUGAGAAUCAAGGAGGAAGAGGAACUGUACACCCGUGUGGUUUGGUGCAUCAUGAGCCACAAUGGUCUCUGGGAGAGACUUCCCAAAACUGCAAAUUACAGUUUGGAAAAACAAGACAUUGCAAGGGGAAUAGUGGAUGCACAUGGAGUCACAUGGAUGGUAGAUCUAAACAGCAUGGAGGCCACAAACCUCAUGGUCGCAGAGCCCAGGAAGCUCAAACGACUGGAGAACCUGCCAGACUUCACCAUGCCUCUGUACUGGGACAGCAUGGCCCCCGGGGAGAACGUGAAGGUGGUGGCAGUGCCGCCUUCCUCUGCAGAGUACCGAGCUUUGAAGAGUGCCUUCAGAAAAAUUGAGAGCAAGACUGUCAUGAAAAUUGAGCGUUUGCAGAACAUCCAUCUGCGUCGCGCCUACGAAGUCCAGAAGAAGCACAUUUCAGAGAAGAACAAGCAGGAGGGGGGGAGCGAGGGAAAAACUUCUGUAUCACGGGACCACCAAGGACAGCUGCGACUCCAUCACGAAAACUGGCUUUAAUCGUCGUUUCUAUGGACAAAAUGGAACUGCAUAUGGUGCUGGUGUUUACUUUGCCGUCAAUGCAUCUUACUCAGCGAAUCCGCGCUACUCCAAGCCAGCUGCUGACAACUCUCAGGUCAUGUUCGUGGCUCGAGUGCUGACCGGCAUCUACACUCAGGGCAACAGCAGCAUGAACGUCCCUCCUCCUCGAGACAGCCAGCGGCCCCAUGACCGCUUCGACAGCGUGGUGGAUAAAGUGGACAAUCCCCAGAUGUACAUUGUGUUUCACGACAAUCAGUCUUACCCAGACUAUCUCAUCACCUUCAAAUGAGGGGGAAAUAAAACAGCUGGUGUCCCUCUGUAGGGCCACAUUGUAACAUAAUCUCAGGGUAUCAUUUGCAGGUAGUUCUUGUAGUUUAGUUAGAAAGUGUGCCUACCGAAGCCAUACUUUAAAGAAGAAUUAUUGUCUGUGUAUUAUUUACUGUCUAUAGUCACAAUCAACGUGGUGUGAUGCUCAUCGCCUUGACAAACAAAUGAAUCAAUAAAAUUGCAACAAUCUUUCAAAUAAACUGCCUUUUUCAACUGUAAUCAGAAAAUUAAAUGAGCACAAAUUAGGACAAAUAUUCCUUAUUAGUAUAAAUAAUAAAAGAAAAAUAGUCAAAGGGUUUAAAAUAAAAAUACAUAAAAACAAAAAGUAAAAGUGAACUAGAAAAUUCCGGAGGAAAUUUGACUUUGUGUCUGCCAGCUGCUGCUGACAGUGAUCAGUGUGUUUGCAUAACACCUCAGAAUUCACAGUGAGCUCUGAGCUGAGAUCAGCCAUGACAGAGUCAGCAGGUGUGUGUGUUGCCAUGGAUACCAGCUGCACUUGUAAUGGUGUUAUAAGUUAUGUUAAAAUGCUGUUAAAAACAAAUGUGAAUUUGUGUAAUGUAAUAUGAGUUCUGUUAAAAUGCUGUGAAUAUGUUAAAAUACUAAGGGACAGAAUGUUUUAAUUCAUGAAAGUAUUUGGUUAAAAAUAACAAUUCAUGAAAGGUUAAAAAAGAUCUAAAGUGAAAUUCAUAGUAGUUGAUCAAAUUAUCUGUUAUCCAUUGCUUUGGUCUCCCAGGCAGACACCCAGUGUUGAGCCAAAGAUGGUUAAUCUGUGUGUUAAACAAUUAAUUUCUGAUAUUGUUUUGAAAUAUGUAUUUGGGUCUUACUUGACAAUGUUUUCUGCAGUGUUUUUGCUCCUACAAGCUUAUUUCUUUGAGAAUUGUUUAUGAUCAGGUUUUGAUUACUCAUGCCUGAGCCCUGUGGAGGGAAACGCGCUGCUUCCGUCCAUCCAUUAAUACACGGGAUGUGACUGAGGAAACAGCGUGUCUUUGUGUUCACUUUAUUAUUCCCCUUCACAGGUGAGAAAUGAUAAUGAUGAUGCAUUUGUCAGAUCAUAUGUGUUUUCUGUUUGUUAAGAAAGACAUGUGGAGUAAAACACUGAUGUCUGUAGUGACUUUAAGAGUGAAGGAAGAGUUAAAUGUAAGUGGAUGUGACACUCAUUGUUGUUCCUUUCGACUGCAUGGUGGCGUAAAUAGCAUUAUUUCUGAGCCAUAUUUGUAGUUUUACUGUGCAAUGUUGAGCAUUUGAAUAAUAUGUGAUUGAUGGGGAAAUG